UCUUUCGGGCUGAGUCUGUCUUGUCUAGCUUCAAAUCAUUGUCUGAGAUGGACAAGAUAAAAAGAUCCGACUCUGGUCACCCGAGUUUGGCUGAUCUUCUUGGUCUUAACACUCUCAGUCCCAAUAAACUCUCUGAAGAGAUUCUGAGAAGUAUUUGUGUGGUACACUACAAACUCUCAGACAAGCAGGGACAUAGCAGAAUAGUCAAGAAGAACUCAAAGAAUGAAAAUAUUAAUGAGGAACUUGGAGUUGUUAUCGGUAAACUUUGCCUAGAAGAUGACAAUUUGAAGUCGGUAGAGAGCUUGCUUCAGAAUUUUAGAUCGUUGGUUCAAAAGCUCGAGAAAGUUGAUCCGGAAAGGAUGGCUAGGGAAGAGAAACUUGCGUUCUGGAUAAACAUUCAUAAUGCUUUAGUGAUGCACGCAGCAUUUAACAUCGGUGGGGAGCGGAUAAACGCAUACGAUGUCCAGAGUUCGAUAUUGGGCAUUCAUGCAUGCCAUUCACCAUCACGUUUAUGGACGUUAUUUUCACCGGCUAGGAGUUCAAAGACAAGUAGCGGUCGACACACUUAUUCGUUGGAUUAUGCUGAACCACUUCUUCAUUUUGCCCUCUCUACAGGAGCAUCAACCGAUCCAAUGGUCAGAGUUUAUACAGCAGAAGGAAUCUUUCAAGAACUUAGGCAAGCAAGAGACCGUUUCAUCCAAACAAGUGUUCGAUUUGAGAAAGAGACAAAGAUUCUAUUGCCAAAGAUCAUUUACAACUACGCAAAGGAUACUCUCUCAACAUGGUUGAACUCUUUAAUACCAUAUCAGAGUGCCUAACAGAGACACAAAGAACGACACUGACACGAGUUGUAAAGAAAAAACAAGACAGAUA